GAAUAAGUCGGCCAUGAUGGAAUUGAUAUUAUUUUCAACAUGGCGCCUAGCCUAGUUAAGAAUGUGUGUGUGUGAAAGUGCAGUGAAAUUAUGUUAAUAUCGAUGGUUUUUAGUGAUAAAUUUAGUGCAUAAGUGAAAAAAGUGUGCUUUAAUGCAGCGGUUAUCUUAUAAUGGCUUUGGAUUUACGCUUGCAUUCUCCAGCAGGCGCGGAACCCGUUGUUUAUACAUGGCCCCUCACAUCAGGUCAUGGCUCGGACAAGCACGAUGGGGCCCUGGAGAUAGUAGAAACGAUAAGGUGGGUAUGCGACGACCUGCCGGAGAUGAAGGGUGCCUUGGAGAAGAACAUCCUAAGCGACUACGACACCCACUCAUACGAGAGUAUGCGGGCACUAUGCGACCGCUUCAACCGCGCUAUCGACUCCGUCGUCGCCUUGGAGAAAGGUACUUCACUGCCUGCUCAGCGCCUAAACAAGUACCCGUCCAGAGCAUUGUUGAAACAUAUUCUGCAACAAACUUAUAACCAAGCCGUUGCUGACCCAGAAAAGUUAAACCAAUAUGAGCCAUUUUCGCCUGAGGUGUAUGGCGAGACCUCUUUUGAGCUAGUAUGUCAAAUGAUAGAUCAAAUAGAUAUCACUGCAGAAGAUGUGUUCGUGGACUUGGGCUCGGGCGUCGGGCAAGUUGUAUUGCAGAUGGCGGCUGCGACACCUUGUCGCAUCUGUUUUGGUGUCGAGAAAGCGGAAGUGCCUAGUAAAUAUGCAGAGAAUAUGGAUGCGAAUUUUAGAAUGUGGAUGAAAUGGUACGGAAAAAAGUAUGGGGAAUAUAAGUUAAUAAAAGGAGAUUUUUUAAUGGACGAACAUAGAGAAAAAAUAAAUUCGGCGACCAUUGUUUUUGUUAAUAACUUUGCGUUUGGACCUCACGUGGACCACCAGUUGAAGGAGAGAUUCGCGGACUUAAAAGACGGCGCCAAAAUCGUGUCUUCGAAGAGCUUUUGUCCACUUAACUUUAGAAUAACAGACAGAAACCUCAGCGAUAUCGGGACCAUCAUGCAUGUUAGUGAAAUGUCGCCGCUGAAAGGAUCAGUAUCGUGGACGGGGAAGCCAGUAUCAUACUAUUUACAUAUAAUAGAUAGGACCAAAUUAGAGAGAUAUUUUCAAAGACUGAAAAAUCCGAAACUCAAGGUCAGCAAAAGGGGUAUACAAAAUGGGUGUGAAGAGGGAGAAAGCAGUAAGAGGAAUCUAAGUGCGCCUCCCACCAGACAAUCGACGCCGGACUUGCUUAAUGGAAAUAGCAAUCACAGUACGGGGUCCUUGCCUGAGAGGAGAAGGAAAGUUGCGCGGCCUAGACCAAUUAGAGGUGAAAACGGACGGACGCGUGCACGUGCUGCAGUGGCAAAGCGUCGCCCGGCGAGACGCUCCAGUGAUGAGAGUGAUGAAGAGUCAAGCGGUACUGAUGAUGCUCCACCAGGGCCUGAACCCGCGCCCAGGGAAUGGGGCGCUCCCUGGGCCUCCUCAUCUGAUUCUAAUCGUCGCGGGCGCAGCACAAAGCGGAGUGCCAGUGCCGGCGGCGCUAGGAGACGCGCGGCCAGAGCCAAGCGACGCAGGGGUGCGAGGCCUAAUAUAGCAGGACUGGAUUUGUUGCAUUCCACCACGCUUGCUUCCACCAUACAUAAUGGCGCGGUGACGACAGCGCCACCUGGCUGCGUAGAGCAACGUUUAUCAGCAUUGGGAGUAUCCUUACAAUCGCCUGAACGAUUACAUUCAGAACUAGAGAUACCACGUUCACCGCACACACCAUACAGUUUACAACUGUUGCUGGAUAUGUUCAGAGACCAGUAUUUGGGCUUUAUCGCGCAAAUGAACACACCGCAAUACGCCCACGAUAUCAGACAGCAGAUUGAUAAGGAGAAGGAAAGAAACCAAAAAUUAAAAUCAAGAGCCUCUCAGUUAGAUAAACAAAUAAGUGUGCUAAUAAGUGAUAGUGUGGCGCUACUAAAGGCUAGGAUGAGUGAGCUUGGUAUUCAUGCUAAUAACACAGUGGACUUGUUGGCGAAGGCAAAGGAAAUCGUCGGGAGACAUAAGGAGCUUCAGAGUAAAGCAAGUAAAUUACAAGCACAGGUAUCAAAUAUAGAAGUGGAACAGGCAAUGCUCGUGAAACAAAGGACGUUUGAAAUAACGGAAAAAUAUCGGCAGCUGGGUCACAUCCCGCCUGAUGUAGAAAUAACUCAAAGCAUAGCACACGACUGCAUAUUAAAGGAGAUAUCGGCGACUCUAGCCCAUAGGAAGAGACUUCACGCACAAGUCGGACAUCUUCAGAACGAAAUAAUUCAGAUGGAGAAAGCAAGUGAGCAACAGAAAGCAACACCCACCGUUCCUGUUGCUACCGUCAAGCCUCAUACCGUCAAUUCUAAACCUAGGAAGUCUAGGGACCACAGAUCGAGGUCACAAGACUGGCCCGAUGUGCCCGAUGUAGGCAAGAUUGAGGAACAAAAUCCAGAAAUUCUAGCUCAGAAAAUACUAGAGACAGGUCGACAGAUUGAAGCCGGCAAGAUCACAAAACCUAACGUUAUAGUUAAUGGGUACAUGAAGGAUCCAGAUAGGCAUGCAGAUCAUAGACAAAAGUCGGCAGUCCAAAUCCAUCGCGCGCACGUCCCGGCACGUCCGGGCGUGCCAUUAGCACGUUCGCCUGUCAAGUCUCAAAAGCCGUUGAACGUGGUCGGAAAAGUUCAAGAAUCGCCGAAGGUCAUCAACUUCGAAGACCGUCUGAAGAGCAUCAUCACCUCUGUGCUUAAUGAAGACCAGGAACAGCGGAAAGCUUCAAGGCUAGAGCCAAGGCAACCCACCCCAAAUCACACGUUCAACAAUGGCUACGUGAGACCAAACGCACCUCAUCAGGGCUAUGUACGGCCGCAAACUGGAAACGCCGUCCAAGCUUACGCCCGCCCCAUUCGGGAUUUACGUGAUCCUCGGGACUUACGUGACCCACGGGAAAUACGUGACCCAAGAGACAUGCGUGACCCUAGGGAAUUGCGUGACCCACGGGAUCUACGUGACCCAAGAGACUUGCGUGACCCACGUGAUAUGAGGGAUGUAAGGAGAGAGCGAUACGGGUAUGAACGCCGUGAACCGAGGCCGUCGCAUGCGCAUCACGAGCCCAGACCGCCUGAUAUUAGGAAUCAUCACCCUGGACAGCCAGAUUAUACACAGGUGUCCCCAGCAAAACUAGCCCUCCGUCGUCACUUAUCACAAGAGCGCGUGUCAGGUGGUGCUCGUACUAUCGGGGACCUGGUGAAUGGAGAGAUUGAGCGAACGCUGGAAAUAUCCAACCAGAGCAUCAUCAACGCUGCUGUGCAUAUGAGUGCCCGGUAUCAUGAGCCACCUCAAACGCAGACGCAUCAGCCGUUAGAAGGACUCGCAGCAUGUUUACAAGCGCGUGUCCUAGCGUCCGAGUACUGGCGGGGACGCCAAGGCCCAAACCCCGCGGCUCCAGGCGAGGCUGAAGACGCAUCUCGGCGAAGGACUCCUACGCUUGACCCCCACUCAAAUACAUCCACGCCGUUGGUGGAUGAGAUGCCCGAUCGGCCUCCAGAAGGCGAGGGCGGUGAGGAAGUCGAGGAGAGCAAAUGGCAGGAUCGUAUCGCGUUCAGGUUUGACCAGAUCAUAUCGUUCGCGUCCACCGCCAUGGAGGACAAACACCGGAGGUCGGACGAGGCGUGUAACACGUCGCCGGACUCGGGGAUUGGCCACGGCGAGGCCGCGAGGCCCACGGCGAACGAGUUGCCCGCGCAAGCCGUCCAGCCGACGGCCCCCGCCCCCACGCCGAGCACCGAUCCGGUGAUCACUGAGGUAAACGCCGAGAGCGCUCCCGGAGAAAGCAACGCAGCGAACGACGCGCGUUCCCCUUCGCCGCCCACGCACCACUUCAAGAAACGGUUCUUCCGUCGGUCGCGGUGGGGCGCUUGGGGGGCGGCGGAGGGGGCUCCGGCCACGCCCCCUCCGGCGCUCGACUGGGAGAGGCCGCCCAUGUGACGCUCGAGCAUCUAGCGCCCGAGACUUCGACCGCGCAUCGCCUCAUAGCCCCCUCUAAGGUGACGGAGUAGCCCCGUAACCCCUUAGAGCUCGGGCGAUCCGGAUCAGAUCGGAUUACCCCUUGGACAAUCAGCGCCAACGUUCAAUUAGGUUUUCUUGGAUAUGCCUGAGAACGCCGCUUGUACCGCGUCGUUUCUAACACAUUGAUUUACCAAAAAUAAUAUUUUUUCAUAUUGCGUUGACGCAAAUUGAAUUGCGGUAUAUGCUAUACGCAAUAGUGUGAACUCGCGUCAAACAGAUCGAUAUUAGAACACUGCCGCUCGGAAAGUCGCGUUUGCGAUAUGUUGACUAACGAUUUUAUUUGUUAUUAUUUUCGAAUAUAUAUUGUAAUUAUGUAUAUUAUUGAGUUUAUUUUACGUUUAAGAAAUGUAAUUAUUUAGUGUUAGUUUGUAUCGUCGUAUUCCGGAACGUAGCGAACGAUCGCGCGGCGAAAUGUAUUUCAUGUGUUCAUUUAGCUCUUAGAAUUCGAAAUACACAAUUCGGUGACUGUCGGUUGGUUUUUACUCCGGUUUUGAUGGAUGUUUGUUGUUUUUCUUUUCGUUUUUGAUGUUACGCUGAGUUCUGAAUAAUGUGAAUCAUUUCUUUGAGGGUGUCUUAAAUUAGAUAAUUGUAUCGUUAACGUUGUAAAUACUAUUGGUAGUAUACUAUAGGACGAAUAAGCGGUUAGAUUAAUUCGGUUAAAUAUAUUGUUCGCUUAAAUCAAGCUCCAUACUGCCGUUUACAGCCGCUGCCUUAUGGUACAUAAAAUCGUGAUAUUUUUAAAUAACAGGAACAAAGUCUAAUUAGACACGAAGCGAAAAUGAAUGUUUAAUCUUUGGUUGGGAUUUUUUUAUAAUUAAACGUAUCCAUUUACAUAUAUUCCAUCUUGUUAAUAAUUUAUUAUUUUUUGACUAAGAACGCUUUUAAAUUUUUUAAAAGUGAUGUUUUAUAAAUAAUUGAUAAAUUACAAGAUUGAAUAGAUGUAAGGGUACUAUAUUCAUACUUUUAAUUAGUCAAAAUUGCAGGCGCAAUGUCUUAAUCGUGCCAAACUGUCUCUCGAGUGUUAUCAGGUUGGAUAAAUUCUCGUUGUGAAUGAGUUACAGGCAUGUAUGUCACUGUUAUUUAGUAUUAUAGCAGUGAUUUUCACUGUUAUUGGCACGGUAUUGCAAUAGCCUUAUUAAUAGUUCCUCCAAUCCGAAUGCUAGGGACACUGCACACGUUCAAUUGUAUAUAGAGAUGCAUUUCUUUUAUCGUGAAAUGCAUUUUAGUCAAGUAGUUGUCGCUAGGAACAGGGUCGACAUCGUUCGAAAUAACGUUUUCAACUUUUUAUAUUACAUGCAUGAUGUACCGAGUGUAAAUUGUUACUAUCGCUCAGAAAAGUAUCCGCCUUUUAGGUGUAAGGCUUACCUUUAUUAAGGUCAUGGAUUUCUUAGACAUUUUAUGUAAUAAUUCGAAAAUCAUGUAGUUAUAUUAUCUGUUACAUUUAAAGGUUUCUAUUCUUUCAAAGUGGUUCUUUAUGAGACAUGGAAAUUUGCACUGAAUGUCAUUUACGAUGGCCUUUAAACAAAAUUUAUGUAAUGUAUUAAUAAUUUUAUCUAUAAAAUUAAUACUUUUGUUGUAAAUUGUUGCAAGCUCAUUGGUUUAACGGGAUUUUUCAACAUAAUACAAGGAUCGUAUUGUGUUUUAAGGUUUCUUUUAUAUUUGUUUCUUGUAUUUAUUUUUAUGAAUUCGGAGAUAUAAAAUAUUUUAAAUACACAUUGUAAUUAUUAUCCUUUGUCCAUUGCAACAGUUAUUUUAGGAAAGAUUUAUGAAGACAAAUUCAGGCUUAUUGAAAUCAAAAUAGAUAUAGAUACUUUAUAAAAAUGAUACAAUAGAAAACUUGUAGAAGUUGAUAAUUUUUAAAGUGGACCAUUGUGUGGAAUGGGUAUACACCGUUGUCUUAUAUACAUUGAAUUUAAAUCGUCGUUCGCUAGUUUAGUAAUUGCAGUAAAAAUAGUGAUCAUUUUAGCAAGUGAUAUUUAAAUUAUAUAUUUAUCAUUCUCAUAAUGCACUUCACUAUCAUAAAGAUAAGGGUUUUCUCAUAAAUUGAUUGUGAAAGUGUAAAACGCUCUUGAAUAAAAAGGUGGAGAUUAAUGUGUAAAGAAAGAGUUAUUUAUAGUAUAAUGCUUGUUAUACACUAAUGGCAUUAUAUAAAACUAAGAUAAUGUCGUUGGUGUAUCAUAAACAUUGGAGUGCACUGGCUUGAUUGUGCCUGAAACUCAACAAUGCCGCUCCAAACCUCAAAAUUACUUAUGUAUUCGUGUUAGAUACUUGUAAUGUAAGUAAAAUCGGUUCGAACGUACCAUUAGUGUGGUAGCGUUAUAUUGGCGUUCAAUAUAGCUUGGCCCACGACUCGAAGAGUGAUUGCAUUAUUCAGUUUUGACUAACUUUUAUUUUAAUUGGGGAAAAUGAGCUAAUCAGUGUGACGUUAGUGUCUAAAAUAGUACAAAUGAGAAGACUUAUUGUCGUAAGACUCGGACUAUUCAUCAAUUGCAAAAGCUAGGUUUGAGAUGUAUCCCUGUGUACUAGUUUUAUUUUGUACUAAAAGUUAAAAUAAAUAAGUAAUUAAAA